AUGGAACCGCAUUUAAAGAAUCUACUUGAACCUAAUAUAGAACUAACACAACAAAGAGAGAGUCUCGAUAAGUUAUACACUAAUUGUUCACCCCAAGGUUUACAAAAGAAUAAAGAUGUGUUUUUAGAAGUAUUGGGAAAAUAUUUAGAAACAAAAGAUGCACCAACAUCAUAUAUAGUAGUGACUUUGGCAAAUACAUAUUAUACAAAUUUGUUACCAAUGUCAAUGGGUAAUGAUAAGGGAUGGUCAUUUACAAGUCAAUUUCUAUCAUUGUUUAUUAAACGAUUAAAAGAUACUAUUUCAAUACGCGUAAGAGAUAUUCAAAACUUGUUGGAAAACAUUAAUGUUACAAGUCAGACAUCAAACCACCACCAACAACAUGAUGAUGAACAAUCAAUUUACUUUUGGGUCAAAUCAAUUGAUACUCUAGUACUAUUGUUAUCAUCGAUUUUAGAGCGUUUAGGAUCAUUCUAUCCCGUUUCAAUGGCAAUGAUACGUCAGUUGCUGUCUUCAUCGGUCACCUUGAUCAGAGUUGCAAAACCAAUCAAAGAUUUUUCAAAACCUUUUAAAUCUAUUACACUAGAAUUUGGCGAUCAAUCAUUGGAACAGAUAAAUGAUCAACUCUAUGAAAACAUUGACAAGAAUCUAUUACUUUUAAAAAACCUUUUAUUUUCUGUCAAUUCAUUUCAAUUAUCAAAUCCUCAAAAUUUAAAACAUCUUGUUGAAUAUUGUCAAGAAUUAUUAAAUGUAUUUCAAGAAGGAAUUGAUAGUAAUCAACCAGUAAAAUUAAAUAUUUACAAGGCACUUAAAAAUAUAUUUAUAUUGGAUUGUGAAAACAAGUUUGAUUUAUUGGAAAAGAUUGAUAUAAGAUCAACUCUUGAAAAAUUAUUAAAUUCUUGUAAAGAUCAAUUAGAAAGAGUAUCAAAUCAACCAGAAAACAAAGUAUCAUUAAAACUAUCAAUAUUUUUUCUAAAUACAACACAAAUAUUUUUUGAACAUUUCUCUUCCUAUUUGGAUAAUGAAAGUUUAACAAAUUCAAUGCUAUCACUUUACGAUCUUUACAAGUAUUGUUUAGAAUCAAUGGAAGAGAAAAAAUCAACAACACAACCAGAUUAUAUAAACCGUGUAAAUGAUUUAUCAGGAUUUUUAUGGAAAUUUGGUAGACAUGAAAGAAUAACAAGAGUAUUAUUACAACAACAAACAAAUAGUCAUUCCUAUUCACAAGAUCAAAAGAUUGGAAAAUUAUUUUUCAUUUUAUCAACAUUUGGAAACAACAUUUUAUUUCAAGAUCAAUCAAUACCAUUUAAAUUAUUUCAAAUGUGUUUUCAAAUACUAGAAACAACUCCUGUCAUUUUAUCAAGUAAAACAUUUACAAAAUAUUUGUUUACUUGUUUUAUUAGAUUAUUUAAACAAAGUAAAUCGAUUACAUCUGACAUUUCACUUUAUCGAUUCAUUUUAAAAAAUAUUAUUGGUUUAAAUGAUUAUAUAGCUAAAAUUUCAAUUGGUAUUUGGACUAUUUUAUAUGAUCAUUGUAAUGAUCAAUCAAAAAAAUUAAUUGAUUUAGAAAUUAUUUCUUUUUUUAAAAAUUUAAAUAAUAGAAAUAUAUUUAACCUUAUUAUAAAGAAAAAUUAUUUAUAUUUUCAACAACAAAUUGUUGUUGGUCAAGACCAUAAUACAAUGGUUGUACCAAUCUCUGCAAUGAUCUAUCUUGAAUCUUUGGGAUCAAAUUUGUAUAUAAUAUUAUCGCCAUUGGUUAAAGAGAAAAUUGUAGAUUUACUUGAUCAAUGUUUUAUUAAAUUAAAAUAUUAUCAAUCAAAAUUAAAUCAUUUAUCUAAAUUUGAUUCAACAAACUUGGAAAAUAUAUUAACAAUAAUUGAAUCAAUUUCAUCUAUUGAUAUAGCAUUAUAUCAUAAAAAUAAUAUUAUUGAAAAUAUUUCAACACUUUUGAACUAUCCUCUACUUUUAUCAAAUAUCUUACAACCAAUUUAUGGUUCACUUGUCAAAUUAAUUUCAAAAUUAAAUCAUAAACAAAUUUUAGAGAUUUUAAAUUCAAGUAUCAAUAUAGCAAUAUCAAACAAGGUUAUAGUUACUCUAUUUUUAACAAACUUGGCAAAAAAUAAUUCAUCAUUGACUCAAAUGGAUCAACAACAAUUACAUUCAACUUUACAAAAAUUAUUUAUUAAUUUAUUUAAAAAUAAUCAUAAUCAUAAUUCUUGGAUUAUUACAAGUUCAAUUGAAUGUUCAAUUAAUUCAUUUUCAAAUAUAUUUAAUAAUAAUAGAAGUAAACUAGCAUCAUUGAUACCACAAGAUAAUCAACUUCGAGAUAAAUUUAUAAAUAAUCAAACAUGGUUUUCAAUUCCAAAUCUUUUGACGACAAGAGAUUAUCUAAUUGAACAAUCUCUAUUGAAUCAAAGAUUUAUUAAAAAUAUUGAAAAAUGGAAAGAAAAUUUAAGAAAUCCUCAAAUACAACAACAACAACAAUUUAAUUUCAAGAGUCAAAUGGAUUUAAUGCAAUCAAGAGGAACUUCACCGGCGAUUAGUAUUGGUGAAGAUAUUGUUGCCAUCAAGAAAUUGUUAAAUCAUGUGAAACAAACUCUAUCAAGCAAACCAAGAUUAGACAAUGAAACAAAAAUAUUGGUUAUGAUCUAA